CUUCUUUCUUCCGAGGGACCAGCAACGUCUAAAGCCGGCCAGACACACCGACUACGAAGGACUGGCCUAUUUGGGGGAAUACCCUCUGGCGUGGGCGGCCUGCUGCGCCAACGAGAGCGUUUAUAAUCUCCUGCUGGACAGCGGGGCGCAUCCCGACUACCAAGACAAUUUCGGGAACAUGAUUUUGCACAUGGUCGUCGUCUGUGAUAAACUGGAUAUGUUCGGGUACGCUUUGAGGCAUCCUAAACUUCCGGCUAGUAAUGGUAUAGUGAAUAUAUCUGGGUUGACUCCUCUAACGUUGGCAUGCAAGUUAGGUCGUGCUGAAGUUUUUAGGGAAAUGUUGGAACUCUCAGCUAAGGAAUUCUGGCGUUACAGUAACAUUACUUGCUCGGCCUAUUACUUAAACGCCUUGGAUACUCUAUUGCCUGACGGUAGUACAAAUUGGAAUUCCGCCUUGUUCAUAAUCCUGAAUGGAACCAAGGAAGAACAUUUGGAUAUGUUAGAUGGCGGUAUAAUUCAACGGUUGUUGGAAGAAAAAUGGAAAACUUUCGCGAGGAACCAAUUUCUAAAGAGAUUACUCAUCUUAGUGCUUCACCUGAUAUUGUUAUCUUUGGCUGUGUAUUUGAGACCUGAUGAUCCUGACGAACCUCUUUUGGGUUGGAGGAAUGAACCUACUACAAUAGCUAGAUAUUUGGCGGAAAUUGGCACUCUACUAGGGGUGUUAAGUUAUUUGAUUCUACAGCAAGGCGAUGAAAUAAGAAACCAAGGUUUUUUCACGUUUCUGAAGCAACAAUCGAAUUCGCCUCCGAAAAUGGUCUUUCUGAUAUCUAAUUUGCUCAUUUUGGCAUGCAUUCCCUGCAGGUUAUCAGAAGACAAGCGAACAGAAGAAGCUAUUCUUUUAUUCGCCGUACCAGGCUCGUGGUUUUUACUAAUGUUUUUUGCUGGGGCCGUGAGAUUAACAGGACCGUUCGUAACGAUGAUAUACAGCAUGAUAACAGGAGACAUGCUAACGUUCGGAAUAAUCUACAUGAUCGUUUUGUUCGGAUUUUCCCAGUCGUUUUUCUUUUUGUACAAGGGUUUCCCAGGCGUGGGGUCCACUUUGUACGGAAGCUACGUCUCCACCUGGAUGGCCUUGUUCCAGAUAACUCUAGGCAAUUACGAUUAUCAGGAGCUGGGAUCCACGGCGUAUCCAGGCGUAGCGAAAAGCGUAUUCGCUAUAUUCAUGGUUUUUGUACCCAUCCUUCUUCUCAACAUGUUGAUAGCCAUGAUGGGCAACACCUACGCUCACGUCAUCGAGCAGAGCGAGAAGGAAUGGAUGAAACAGUGGGCGAAAAUCGUGAUCGCCCUGGAGCGAGCCAUACCCCAAUCGGACGCUCAUCAUUACCUGCAGGAGUACAGCAUCUCUUUAGGCGGUGGAGACGAUCCUUCUACCGAACAAAGGGGCGUUAUGAUCAUAAAAUCGAAGAGCAAGACCAGAGCUAAGCAAAGAAAAGGAGCCUUGGCCAAUUGGAAGAGAGUGGGAAAGGUGACCAUAAACGCUUUAAAGAAGAAAGGAAUGACCGGUGAGGAAAUGAGAUGUCUAAUGUGGGGUCGGGAAUCCAUAAACACGCCAAUUAAAAACCGAAGGAAACAAAAAACCCCGUACGCCAUCGACUCGCACGAGCCGAACCUCACCGGCGGCUUCGGCGACGCCUUGACCGGCGCCCUCGACGUCAUCGCUUUCACGCACGACGUCGAUAUCAACGGCGCCGUGCAAGGCUUGAAUCUGGCCAGCGGGAAGCUCCCUCCCAGCUACAACGAUGCCUUGAAAACCACAAAUCCCGUACAAUUCAACAAUCAGAUGAACCUGAACAUCAACACCAAAAACGCGAACCUUCCUAAUGGCGUUAUGCCAUUGACAUCCAACGAUCGUGCUCCGAUCCCGAUUAUCGUGGAUCCUCUGAAGGAGCUGGUGAUUUGCUCCGAGAAAGAGGAGGAUCCGGAGAAGCUGAAAUUCCUGGCGCUUUCGGCCGCCAAUUUGGCGAAAGAAGAAAGCGAAUUGCGGAGACUUAAAGUAGAUACUCGAAGCCCGACUGCAGGGAACGACGUCGCGGCGGCGGCGCCCGACGUCAGCGUCAACGUGUUAGCGAGCGUGUUCGGCGGGGCCGAGACGAUGAUUAAAAAAGUCGAGGGGAAUUUGAAGAAGUUUGCUCUGUUGGAUCCCAGCGAUACGGAAAGCUUCGGAGAGGUUCCUCUGUUGGGAAAAGUGUCGAGGACGAGGCGAUCGAAGUCGGCGAGCGUCCGCCAUUCAUCAGCGAAAUCGAAGAACUCGGAUAAGAGAAAAUUGCUGCUCAAUUCCGAUUCGAGCACGGACACUAUCGAUAAUAAUUCGACGCUGAAAGACGACAAUCGAUACUUGAAUUCUACGGGCGAGGCAGUCCUUCAAUCGGGCUUCAAUUUCAUUGAUGUUGCUAUGGGCCAAAAUGAUUUGUCGCGUUCCGUCUCUGAAACGGUUAAUAUACAGGGCGUUGGAACUGGAGCAGAAGCUGACUGUGGUAAUCCAAAAUCGAAAAUAAGGAAGAAAAAACGAGCUGCAACGGGUAAAACAAACAAGGUAGCACCGUCGAGUCAGAGACAAUGUAAAUCGGCAAAAGAUAAAGAAGAAUCAGACUCGGAGGAUCUUUCAUCGCCAGAUCCUCUGGAACCGUGGAGUACAAAGAAAAUCGCAAAUAUGAAUAAAAUAUUAGCUUGGCAGAAUGAUAGUUUAUAAUUUAUUGAUAUUAC